GUGUAAACGGGGCUUUAAAGAGAUUGUCUCUUUAAUGUUUUGGGCUUCCUGUGUACUAGUCCACGUAGUCAGCUGUAUUUAGUCCUGGUAACGAUGGCUGAAGCAGGAAAAAAAUAGUCCACAAAAAAUCCCAUUCUGAUGUCUGAUUAACUUUUCUCUCUCUUACUUUUGUACCGAUCGAUAAUGAAUUUACAGAUCUAUAUAGUUUAUGGGUCCAUGUCGUUAUUUAUUGCGUUGUUAAACAACGUAUUUUUAUUAUAUUAUGUGGACCUUUUUGUCUCUGUUUAUCGAAUUGAUAAAACGUCCUUCUGGAUUGGAGAAGCGAUUUUCCUACUUUGGAAUUCUCUAAAUGACCCCUUGUUUGGCUGGAUGAGUGACCAUAAAUCUCUCAAUCCUAACAAUUCAGGAAUUAGUACCCCAGAGAUUAUCAGCAAAAGAUUCAGUGCAUUAUCCAAGUAUGGUCCAUUAUUUGCGCUAUCAUUCCUGAUGUUCUGGUUCCAGUGGGGGCCCCCUGGAUUACAGUUUGUYGUCUGUCUAUGUCUGUAUGAUGGCUUUUUGACCAUGGUUGAUCUAAACCACUUAGCAUUGCUYGCUGACCUUGCAUUAUCAGCAACAGAUAGAACAAGACUCAAUGGYUAUUGCUCUAUAUUCAGUGCGUUUGGUUGUUUGUCUGUCUUUCUUUCUUAUUAUGUCUGGGAUAAGGACAAUAUUGCAUCAUUCCGUAUGUUCUGCUGUGGUUUGUCCUUCUUUGCUAUUCUGGGGUUUUCUUUGGGGUCCAUGUAUCUUAGAAACCACUUGAAAUCGAAGAAAAUCAAGGCUGAUACUCCAAUGCAAGAGAAUGGUAAAAGGAUAGAAAUAGCAGUUACCCAGUCCUCAGACAUAAUGUCACAAGAACUGGAGUUAAAAGAAUUUGUAAAGCAACUGUCUUCCCACAAAAACUUCUUGUGGUUUGCUGUYAUGAAUCUUGUACAAGUUUUUCACUGCCAUUUCAACAGUAACUUUUUYCCUCUUUUCCUGGACAAGUUACUCGGGGACAGCAUAUCACCAAAAAUGGGAGCCUUCUUAUUGGGAGUGUCAUUUGUCAUACCACACAUCAACAACCUGUACUUUCUUAYUCUUUGUCGUAAAUAUGGUGUAUAUUCUGUUAUCAAAUGGCUGUUCUACACCAAGCUUCUGUUGAGUAUAUCAAUGAUGUCUUGUGGUCCAAACUGGUCAAUUUUAGUUUGUAUCUUUAUUGCAAGUAAUCGAGUGUUUACUGAAGGUACCUGUAAACUUCUUAACCUGGUUAUCAGCGACUUGGUAGAUGAAGACUUUGUCAUUCAUGGCCGUAAACAGGCUAUAUCAGCCCUGGUAUUUGGCACCUCUGCACUUCUUUCCAAACCAGGACAGACCCUGGCGCCUUUAGUUGGUACCUGGCUGCUUGCUGAACAGACUGGUACAUCCAUUUUCUAUUCUGGAGCGGUAGAGGAAWCAUCCAAGAAUAGUUUUCAUAGUACAUCAAAGAAAGACUUGCGAUGGGGUUGUUUUUGUGUUCUUGUUUACGUUCCUAUAGCUUGUGCGGUCAUUCAGAUCUUAGCAUGGUCACGAUUUAAACUUCACGGGAAAAGGCUUUCUUGGGUUAAACACACGAGGGAAAACCAAGGAUUUUCUACUGSCAAUAUCUGUUGAAUGAAGAUAUWUUCCUACUGAGCGCACAUAUCUAAUGRGUUGCCUGCAGGAUACGGGGACCAUAACAGCAUGCGCGACUUGUAUUUUAUUAUGCACAGAACUUAUGGCUCAUCAAACUGUUUACAGCUAUCUUGCUCAGCGCUCGUUACCAGUGAGUUAGGAAGUUCGCUAACRGAAACACCUAUAAUUGCAAUAACGUUGUCAUAUAAAUAACAAAAUAACAAAUAGAAAUUAAUUAUCUUUUAAGCAAAACAGGUUUAAUUAUUAAACUGUUAUGAACGUA